GUCGCCCAAAGAAUACGCAGCAAACCCUCGUCUCCAGGCUCCUCAUCUUCCCCUUCAUUUUGCCCUCAUUCUUCUACUCUGUGUGCUCAGUUCUUAGAUCGUGGAAUGGCGAUGAAAAACGGGUUGAGAUCAUGCGCUUCCAAGCUACUCAAUUAUACUCCAUCGAUUGCUCCGAAAUCAGUGAAUAGGGCAAUUCACUCAACUAGUGUAAAGAACAUGGGAGGAGGACAUGGCCACGACGAGCCGUACUACCUUCACGCAAAGCACAUGUACAACUUGGACAGGAUGACAAAUCAGAAACUAAAAAUGAGUCUUGGUGUCCUUGCUGCUUUCAGCAUUGGUGUUGCUGUCCCCAUUUAUGCAGUCGUCUUCCAGCAGAAGAAGACUGCUUCGGCAUAAUUUUUCUUGUUAAACCUCUUUUGCUGUAAUAACAGAGACUAUUUGAAGUGCUUUUUGUGGACAAAAGCCAGGAAUCUAUUGUUUCGAAAGAAUUGAUCAGUUCUUCUGUGUCCAUUUAACAAUUUGCAGUUUGUUUGCCAUUUGAGUCAGAAAAUAGUUUUGUUUCCUGCUUUAUCAAUAAUACACUCCAACAAUGUUACUGUUUUCCA